UCAAUGUAUGGUCAUGUGGAAAGACUAGCGAGGGAAAUAUUGCUCGGGGUUAAUUCUGUAGAGGGUGUUGAAGGAAAACUGUGGCAGGUACCUGAGACACUUUCAACUGAGGAGCUUGCUAGGCUUAGAGCACCACCCAAGAGUGAUGUACCAAUCAUUAACCCAUUUAAACUUCCUGAGGCAGAUGGUUUGGUGUUUGGCUUUCCAACAAGGUUUGGAAUGAUGGCUGCUCAGUUUAAGGCUUUUCUAGAUUCAGCUCAAUAUCUAUGGAUAGCACAAAUGCUUGCAACCAAGCCUGCUGGAAUCUUCUACAGCACCAGUUCCCAAGGUGGUGGACAAGAGACUACACCGUUGACUGCUAUCACUCAGCUGGUUCAUCAUGGAAUGCUAUUUGUUCCAAUAGGAUACACAUUUGGUACUGGCAUGUUUGAGAUGGAUGAGGUGAAAGGUGGAAGUCCUUAUGGUGCAGGAACUUAUUGUGGUGAUGGUUCUAGACAGCCAACUGAGUACGAGUUGAAGCAAGCAUUCCACCAAGGGAUUUGUAUUGCCACCAUCUCAAAGAAGCUAAAGGAAGAUAUUCACCCAAUUUUUACUAUACAUAAUAGAGCAUAUUGA